CUUUUGUUCGUCCCGCGGCGUCGGAUCGACAACGGAACGGACGACCGGCAGACCUGGAAAAUCGUUCACAGGACGGAACGUCGUCGCCGCGGAACACAGGCGGACCGGAAAAUUCGAUUGUUCGGUUUCUAUUGCCGUUAUUCUCGACGACGCGUGAUGAUAACGCUUAUCGAUACCGCAGUUCGGAAGAUAGUCCGGUCGUGAUUAAUUUUUUUUUUCUUCUAUCAUUUCGGUUCUCACUCGUGAUCGGUCGCCCGCUCGGCAGCGAUGGAUUCUUAAUGAAAUACGUGACAAACUCGAUAUGUAAGAUCCGUGUACGAUUUUCGUCUGCGAGCGUGUACGAUUGUCGUGGGCACGUUGAUAUUUUCCUUUUCGACUUUUCAACGGCCCCCGUGCACCCGUUCGACCGUGAAUCGCCACCUCGCGAUGUACCGCCGUCUCAUCAGUUCUUAUCCUUGUAAUACCACCAGCCCUUGAGAUUUUUCAAACAAAAGACUUUGUGCAUAGAUUCAAUAUUGCCUACCAAUGGGGAAAAUCAUCACCGAUUUCUAUAAUGGAAUUGAAACGUUUAAGGAGCUGCUGGUGACAGCAUUAGACAAUGGAACCGUUGUGUUUGAUCGAUGGUCAGAUCAAACAACUCAGUUUGUACUAGAAGCAUGGAACUCCAGAUCUAUACAAAGCACCCAAGAAGGGCUGCAUCUGGCAUGGGAACAAUUUAUGCUAGCUUGGUUACAGACCAAAUACACAUUUCAGCAAGACUUGAAUUUGUUUGUUGAUGCACUACAAUCAAAAAUAAUUUACUUAACUGGCAAUAGUCUCAACCGAAGUCAUGUUUAUAUUGGUUUUGCUGGUCUUUUUGUUGGUAGUGGUGUUGGGUUCUUGAUUGGUAUUAGUGUAAAGCCAUCUGCUAUAACCGUUACCCAUAUGAAAGCUGCAUCUGCAACCAGUUAUAAUGGAAUUGAAAGUAUAUCAUUACUAGAAGAUGUUGUGACUCCCAAAAUCACCGAAUCUAAUCAAGUUAUGAUAAUGGUCAGAGCUGCUGCAUUAGAUCCAAUGGAUAUUUUAGUUGCAUCUGGUUAUGGAUCAUAUAUAAGGAAAUUUUUAAUGAGGCAUACAUUGAGUAAAUCAAUUCAUCGAGAAUUCCCACUAAUAUUAGGUCGAGAUUGCUCGGGUGUUGUUAUUGAUUUAGGGUCAGAUGUAAGACGUGACAUAAACAUUAAUGAUGAAGUUUGGGUAUCGCUGCCACCAUGGUCUCCUAGUGGUACACUAUGUGAAACUAUAGUAGUACCUGAUAAGUAUGUGGGACAUAAGCCUCGUACAUUACCACAUGAACAAGCAGCAACCCUUCCGUACUCUGGUUCAUUAGCAUGGUUAGCUGUAUUUCAGACAGCUAAUUUGAACCCCUUAAGUGCUAUAGAUAAAAAAAUUUUUGUUUAUUGUGAAGAUACUGGUACAGCAUCAAUAAUCGUACAGCUUUGUUGUUAUUUGAAAGCUAACGUUACUGUUGCUUGCCCUAAUCGUGUGUGUCAUUUCAUGAAGUACCUUGGUGCUACCACCACUUAUGAAACUGAAUCCUCCAGUAUAGAUCAAUUACUUAGUACCGCGCCAAGCGGGUACGAUUAUGUAUUUAACACUGCAGGCGAACUUAAAAGUAAUUUAUGCAAACAAUUGUGUAGCAUUACUGGUUUAGUAGUAACUAUUGGACCACACCGUUUACCAUCAGAUACAUAUGGACCUGUACAAGGAUUUUUCUAUAUGUUAUGGCUUAAAUUUGUUUAUAUAUUCAAAGGUAACAAAUGUUGGGACCAUUAUGAAUUUGAUUCUAGAAUACUAAACGAACUUUCUAGCAUGGCUGAUGAUUACGUUCUCAAACCUGUAUUGGAUAAAACAUUUAUGGAGCAUGAAUUGGAACGCGCAUUUAAACAUGUUGAGAGCAGACAACCCAUUGGUAAAGUAGUUAUGAAAUUCAGUAAUUUAAAUGGACCUACCGUUAUGACGCCCAGACCUUCUGGACUUUUAUUUUAGUAAUUUAAAUUAUGUUGGAACUAUAAGUUUGUCAAAAUAAUGUGUGUUGAGUUAAUAAUUAUAAUUUUUUUUUUGUUA